AUGACAACAUCCUCGCCCAGGGCGGCGUUCUUCGAUGCUCUCAAGUCACCCGUCAGUCCGCGCUCGCCCACUGCACUAUACACCCUGUCCCAUGCUCCUCGUACAUCUCACGAAUCCGAUGAUGCUGACUCUUUGCGGGACUUGGAGCUUUCCGAUGGACCUCUCCUCGCCGACGCACCCAUCUCCUCACGCGCACGGGCAUACUCCAUUUCCGGAUUUGAUUUUCAGCGCGACCUCCUUCCGCUCACGGCGAGUCUGAGCGAGCCCGACACUGUACAUGGCGAGUCGCACACAAAGAGCAUCAGUUUGCUUCAUGGUGCGUGGUGUCUACCUUACCAGUCUCUUCGGGUCACGAACAGACUACCAGGCGUUGCACUCAUUAUGGGGCUGCAAAUUGGGUCUGGUAUAUUCUCAUCACCCGGUGUGGUGGUCGCGAAUACGCAGAGCGUGGGCGCGAGCCUUGUGGUAUGGCUUGCAGCAGGACUUUUGGCGUGGACGGGCGCAAGUAGUUUUGCAGAGUUGGGGGCGUCAAUACCCGUGAACGGAGGUGCGCAGGCGUACCUUCAGUAUUCAUACGGCCCGCUCGUAUCGUAUCUAUUCGCCUGGACAGCUAUAUCGGCGCUGAAGCCAGGAGGGAAUGCCGUCAUAAGCUUGAUUUUUGCCGAGUACAUGAACAGGCUCUUCUGGCACAGUACGCGCGCUGAGGUAUCGCCGGAUGAUAUUCCACAGUGGGCUGUCAAACUCACUGCGAUUGCGGCAGUCCUUGUGGUAUCCAUAAUCUGUGUUGCUACACCGACGCUGGGUCCACGGGCCGCUGUGGUGUUCACCACGGUCAAAAUUGUUGCCCUGUUGUCUAUAACGAUACUUGGUAUCAUUCAACUCGCUAGAGGCCAUUCGUCGGUCUCUUUCACUGGACCACUAUUUUCUGGCUCCAGUACGAGCCCAUCGCAAUAUGCACUAGCGCUGUAUUCUGGCUUGUGGGCCUUCGACGGAUGGGAUCAAGCCAAUUACGUCGGAGGGGAGAUGAAAAAUGCCGAGAAGAACAUCCCUAGAGCAAUCCACUUCAGCAUGUCUCUUGUCACGGUUCUAUUUUUACUAGCUAACUUGGCCUAUUUUGUUGUUUUGGACAAGGCAACAGUCGGGCGGAGCAACACUGUCGCCCUUGACUUUGGCCGCGCUCUCUUUGGACCAGUCGGUGGGAUUAUCUUCGCAUUAAUGGUUGCAAUAUCCUGCUUUGGCGCAUUAAAUGGUUCAUCAUUUACAACUGCGCGCCUUAUUUUCGUCGCCGGCCGUGAGGGAUAUCUUCCGGCGUUUUUUGGACAGAUGAAUAAGAAACUCAAAACACCGCUUAAUGCCAUGUGUCUGCAGGCAUUACUUACUAUUGCCUUCAUCGUGAUCGGUGGAGGGUUCCGCUCGCUGAUAAAUUUCGCUGUCGUCGCCUCGUGGGCAUUCUAUUUUCUCACUGUACUAGGCUUGGUGAUAUUGCGGGUCAAGGAGCCAAUGCUAGAACGUCCAUACAAGACUUGGAUCACUACGCCACUAAUAUUUUGCGCGGUUUGUAUAUUCCUGUUGUGCAUGCCCAUCCUUGCUGCACCAUUAGAAGCCAUCGCUGUACUUGGAUUUGUAUCGGCCACUGAACACACCUACAAAUUUGACGUUAAGAUGACCUGCGGUGGAUGCUCGGGUGCCGUCGAGCGGGCGCUCAAGAAGGCAGAGGCCGAUGGGGUCACCUCCUACGAUGUCAGCUUAGAGAAGCAAGAGGUGGUCGUGAAGGGCACGAUUGCCUACGACGCAUUGCUGGAGAAGAUUAAGAAGACAGGCAAAGAGGUGCGGUCAGGAACGACUGUGGAAUGA